UCUCUGAAAAUAUUUAAGAAUCCCUUCUUUCCCCCCGGUGGACGCCGACCACGCUGCCCUCUCUUCUCACGAACCCAUCGCUCUGUCAUUUCAUCGAGCCCAUCCCGCACCACUCUCCUCGGGCUUUCUUCCUGGCUCUUACCAUUCUUUCAAAAUGGGCCAACUACUCUCCUGCUUCAGAGGGCAUGGGACAGCGGACAAGAACAAACAAGAGAAUGAUGACUCCCAACGCGACCGAAUCGAGAAGAUUGGGGUGAAACAACAACCGGUGCAUACUUAUGAUGAAUUCGAUCCGAAAGCCAAGACGACAAAUGGCCAUGAGCCAGGUGUGCAAAGAGCUACCACUUGGGAUAUUUCCACGUACGACCCGCCGCCGUACACCCCGACGCCAAACACUACUUCGAAUCAGCCAAACACCGAGUGGGAUGCGCUUCCACUUCCAGUACAAAGGAUGCUCUCGCUCUGGCGCCAAGCCGAUAGAUUGACGUUUCAUGGUCACAGCGGCGCAUGGGAAGCCUACAUCCAUCGACAUCAGCAUAUAUGGAUCGACUCUGCACACAUGCUUGACCCACUCACCCAGAAGGCCAUUCUUCUUUACGCUGCGAUGCCACUGCAGAUCGGGAAGGCGAGGAAAUGCAACAUGACAUUUUUCUUCACAACCUACCCCAACGUCGACAGCCCCGAACUUGACGCCAAAUCUCGCAGCACUCUCCUCGCUCUUCUAGAAGUCUUCAACUGCAGCUCCUUCCGGGCCGCCAAAGACGCCAUAAAAGUGCAGAAGCUCCACCUGGAAAACGAAAAGGAUGCAGAACAGAAACUGGUCAAGCUCUUGAGAUACACCCGUCAACAAAUGAGCAAGUACUGGUACGGAUGGGAGCUAGAAGAACUCGAUUUCGACAUAUUCAAACAGCUGUACAAGAUUGCAAUUGCGGAGUCCGAGAAACAACCGAAGCUGCGCAACAAUAAUGUACACACUUAUCGAAGAGAGAUCGGCAACUACAGGAGACUGAUGAAUAAGCCGGAGGAUUCCUACGAUAUUACGUGCACCUUCCUGUUGGCUACUCCAUUGACCCCCAAAGAGGUUGAGGUUAUCCAGAAAUUACAAGAUGCGGGUGCAGAGCUCGUAAAGCAAAGACAAGCACAAAAGGAAAAAGAUGCAAAAGCAGCAAAAGAAUCCAGACUUUUGCGACCAUUUGUCAAGAGAGCAACCAACGAUAAUCUUGACUCAUCGAAAGCUGAGGAGCCGGAGGAGUCCAUUGCUCAAGAGCUGGAAAAGCAGGGCCACCCGUUCUGCAUUGAAGCCAUCGUCUUUGACGAUUUCCUUGGGGAACAAGCAAAGAACUGCUACAGACAAGUCGACAAUUCCCUCAGUGGCACGCGAUGGGACAUCAAUGACGCCACCUUUGGUUCGCAGACUUCCUUUGUCCGUUUCCUCUUUCACGAGAGUUGGAUCUUCAAGACCACGACUUCCCAUGACCCUCGAGUCGACGACUGGCCCGAACUACGGCGCACACAGAAAUACAACGACCUCCCAAUGGUGGAUGAUGAUAACACGCCAAUCCAGGUGCCCAGCAUCAAGCUCGUCCGCAAAUAUGUGUUUGACAUUGUCGAUGACGCCCCCAAAGACGGCCGCAGCAACGCACAAAUCCUCGCGGAUCUCCGCCGUAAGGCAGGUAUUCAACCCGUUGAGGUGGUUAAGGAACAGCCAAUACCUCAACCGACGAGCGUCAGUGCUGGGACGGACGAGGAAGAUCGCCGUUGAAGGGGACACCAAGCGCUCGACGUAUGUCAAUGGCUCGGUAGCCGCCAAAUCUAACGGUGAUGAUGACCUGUUGAGUGGGUUUUGAGGCAGCUGCACCAUAUGGAGGUGGCGAAGUGGCGAUGGACGGCCGAUGAGUUCGUGGGCGGAGGGAGAAGAAGCGGUAAUCAACUUUACAUGUCUGUUUCCUUUGUCCCGUUUUUCCUUUUCAGAUGGUGGUU